AAAAAAGAAAAAAAAUCCGGGAAUGCUGACGACGAUCCGAGCUCUCCUCCACCGUCGCCUCCCUCGCCGACUCCCCUCCCCGUCCUGCGCCAUCCCCCACGCCUCCGCCGCCGUCACCAGGGUUUCCGAUCCCAGUCCCCUGGUCGGCGGCAUUGAGGCCUCCUUCGCCCGACUCUACUCCGCUUCCUCCGGUGGCGGAGGCGGCGGCGGGGGGAAGGACGACGCGUGGGACGACGCCUGGGGCGGCUCUGACCAACCCCGGUCCGAUGGUGGUGGCGGCGAAGGAAAAUCGAUCACCGGCCUCGAUUGGGGCGAGGUCUCCUCCUGGUCCACGGGCCUGACCAAGGAGCACUUCGAUGGUGAGGCCGUUGGCCGCCAGGUCGCUCCCGGGAGCGAGGCCAAGGCGGUGGUGCGGGCGAUGGAUGAGGAGGAUGAUAUCUUGCGGGCAGUGGAGAAGGAUAACCGGGAGAACAAGGCGUUCGUGGAUGGGUGGGAGGGUAGGAUGAUGGAGACCUACCAGCUUCUGAAGCAGGUGAGGGAGCCCGGGGCGAGGGGAGCUUAUCUCAAGGACUCGGAGAAAACGGAGAUGUACCGGCUUCACAAGGAGAAUCCCGACGUGUACACGGUGGAACGGUUGGCGAAGGACUACAGGAUUAUGAGGCAGAGGGUGCAUGCCAUCCUGUGGUUGAAGGAGAUGGAGGAGGAGGAGGAGAAGAAGCUAGGCCGGCCUUUGGACGACUCUGUUGAGAUUUUGCUCGAUAACUUUCCAGAAUUUUUCAGUUCCCAUGAUAGGGAAUUCCAUGUAGCUUCUCUUCCUUACAAACCUGACUUCAAGGUUAUGCCCGAGGGCUGGGAUGGCACCACAAGAGAUCCUGAUGAGGUUCUCUAUGAGAUCUCAAUGAAGGAAGACCAGAUGCUGUGUGAAGAAUUUGUUCAGCGGUUGAACUUCAACAAAAAGAAAGUGGCUGGGGAGGUGAAAUGCCACAAAUAUAGCAGGAGGCGACCAUCAGAAGGAUGGAGUUUUACUAUAGAGAAGCUGGGUCCUCGUGGAAAACGUGGAGGUGGUGGUGGCUGGAAGUUUGUGGCCUUGCCAGAUGGAUCAAGUCGAGCAUUGAAUGAUAUGGAGAAAAUGUAUGUGAAGAGGGAGACUCCUAAGCGCCGGAGAAGAAUUAUCGCACCUUUUAAAUAACUAUAACAAAGUCUUAAUUUGUAAGGGAUGCCGCUACUGCUGCAAUAUUCUUGGAGAUGAAAGUUUUCUGGAAGCACACCCUCCUGAGCUGUGCACCACAAGCCAGUUUUAACACAUGACCUGUUUGAAGGUCUAAUGUAUGCUUCAAAAUAGGGGAGGAAAAGCUUCACUCGCAGGGUGGGACUUAAGGUUACUUUUUGAGGGGUGUGAUGCCAAGUUUUCAACUUGCAUCUGAUAAUGUUAGUGAAGUUUCGAUGUUGUCUGAAGGAAAUCUUAUGCUGACCGUAAGCUGAUUCGAGGUUCUUAAAAUCAUUAAAACAGAUUUUGUCUCCAGAGGGAAGAACUUUCUUGCCCAUUUGUUAUUGUAGCUUUUUUUUCCUCAAAAUAAAUGUGCUGUACUUAUCACUUGACAUUAAAAAAUUAUUUGCAAUGCCAUAUUUUAGACAAACUGCUUUCAA